UAUCGAUACCAUCGUCGGUGGUCAGCGCAUCUCUACUGUUCUCGGCCUCUGCUUUUUGUCUGUUUUCUACCAAGCGCGAAAAUGUGAAUUUCGCAAUUCAUUUAAACUGUCCAAACUCGAGAUCAGGCAGGAUUAAACUUGCCCUCAAACAUCCAUAAUCAAAUAUAAAAUCAAGAGAACGAACUGAGGAUAUUCUUGUGUAACGCGUGCCCUGAAUAACUGCGCAGUAAAAAUCAAUAACUAAGUAGCACGCAUCUAUACAUAAAUGUAAAACGCCCCAGAUAAAAAGGAAGAUGUCCGACGAGGAGGAGGAUUCCGUGUCCGAGGGCUUCUCGGCCAGCGAGGAUGAAUGGAAGCCGAGCAAGGACGUCAAGGGAGGCGAGUCCUCCGACGAUGAUGACAGCGAUUUCGAUGAGCUGCAGGCGGAGGGAGGAGCAGCGGGCUCCAGUGGGCGAUCCUCCGCUGUAGCGGGCAAAAGAGGCAGCGAUCACAAGCCACCAAGUGGCAUCAAGGGCUCUUCGGUGAAGAAACGCAAGCCCACUGGUCAAUCACUUCGCUCCAAGCUGUACAAUAAGUACCGACCGCCUCCAAAGACCUUUCCCACUUCUCCGUCGCAACAGCAGGAGAACACUCCGCGGGCUUCGGGUUCAAAAAACGCCAAAACGCCCAAUGAAAGCGGUGCACGGAAUCAGCACGAUCCUGCUGAUUCCAGCAGCGAAUCCAGUGUGGAAGACUACCUAGUGAAUCCAGCCGAUCUUGAUCUGCACUCAACCUUCUUUGCCGGCGGCCAAAAAGAGAAGUCACCGGCGCCGCAAUUCGAUUGUAAUGCGGGCAUCACGAAUCUUUCAGACUCCGGAUCAGAGGAUAACAACGAGAGCAGCUUCGAGGAUAAAGCAGGCAAUGCCUUCGACUUUCGCGGUCUCCUGGAGAACGCAAACAGUUUGGAGCGCACUAGGGAUGCUUUAAGCAAACGAAAUGUCACGGCCACUCCGCCAAGGAGCCAGGCUGCCACAAUGGAUGUCAAUGCGCUGCUUGCAUUGGGCGAGAACCAAAACUACCAGAGUGUGGAUGUUGAGGAACGUGAAGGAAAUCAACGUAAGAAGGCGGGAAGAGGAACACCAGCAGCGCCUCCGACACUUGAUGAACCGUCACGCCUCAGCAAGACGAAGUCGACGCGAAUAAAGCGGCACACCAAGACGCGACCCGUGUCCACUGUGGUCGCCAACGCUGGUGAUACUGAUGACUCCGAUUUUGAGGAAGUGGCAGAUGCAGAUCUAUCCAGUGACCAGGACGAUGGCGAGACGCCGAACAUCUCAGGGGAUUUGGAGAUCCGCGUGGGACUGGAAGGACUCCGUCCUACAAAGGAGCAAAAGACUCAACACGAAUUGGAGAUGGCCCUAAAGCGUCGCCUUAACAGGGACAUCAAGGACCGUCAGAUUUUGCUGCACAAAGUCAGCCUGAUGUGCCAAAUAGCUCGUAGCUUAAAGUACAAUCGCCUGCUGAGCGAGUCAGAUUCAUUGAUGCAGGCUACACUAAAACUCUUGCCAAGCCGAAACGCAUAUCCUACUGAACGAGGAACCGAACUUAAAUAUCUGCAGUCGUUUGUCACGUGGUUCAAAACAUCAAUCAAACUGCUAAGUCCCAAUUUAUAUUCCGCGCAGUCGCCUGCUACGAAGGAAGCCAUAUUAGUGGCUUUACUGGAGCAGGUGAAGCGCAAGGAAGCCCGCUGCAAGCAGGAUAUGAUUUUCAUAUUCAUUGCCCUUGCACGGGGAAUGGGCAUGCACUGUCGGCUAAUUGUCAAUCUCCAGCCAAUGCCGCUACGUCCGGCGGCCAGUGAUCUGAUUCCCAUUAAACUUAGGCCAGAUGAUAAGAACAAAAGCCAAACAGUGGAAUCCGAAGGGGAAAGUGAGGAUGAGAAGACUAAAAAAGAUAAGAAGGCAAGGAAGCCAACAGACUCAAAGCAUGAAAAAGAAAGCAGUAAGUCAACUAUUUCCAAAGAGGCUGAAAAGAAAAACUAUGCAAAAAAAGCUGAGACUAAACCAGUCAGUAAAUCAACAACCAAGGGCUCAGACACCACGAAAUCAGGUACAGUUACGAAGGAUAAAAAGGAGCAAAGUCUGUCCUCAAAAUUGGUUGAAAAAUCAAAACAUCAAAAAGCCCAUACCUCCAGCAAAUCUGACACUUCCUUUGAGGAGAAACCAAGUACGUCGUCCAGCUCUAAAUGUCUAAAAGAAGAAUAUUCAGAACUGGGAUUAACCAAAAAGUUAUUGAAACCGACUCUAUCCUCAAAAUUGGUUGUAAAAUCAAAACAUCAAUCUUCAUUUAGUUCCAAUAAAUCGGAUACUUCUUUUGAGGAGAAUCCAAGUACCUCAUCAAGUUCCAAAUCUUUAAAAGAGGAGUCAGCCAAGUUAAGUUCAUCCAAACUCAAAGACAAAAAGGUGUUAAGCCCUGCAGAAACCAAAACUAAAGUACAGUCGUCCCUGCUAAAAAGGAUCACCACUCAAAAUAUUUCUGAAUUAGGCGAUAGCAAGAAAUCGAAAAUGGCUCCUGUGGACACCUUCUCCCCAGUGGCAGGUCGCACACGUAGAGCCGCUGUGAAACCAAAAACAGAGGAGAAACCGCAGGUGGUUGGAUCACCAGUUAUACCUAAACUAAUGCUGUCCAAAGUGAAGCAGCUAAAUGCCAAGCAUAGUGAUACGGAAAACGCUAGUCCUGCGGAUAAACAUUUGCAGGAACAGCGCAACACACGGGAAACUCGAUCGAGGAGCAAGUCCCCGAAAGUACUCAUAUCUCCUAGUUUCCUUAAAAAGAAACCCGACGGAGCCGAUUCCACUUCAGCCCCUCAAAAGCUUCAAAUGGCGCCGGAAAGUAAGGCGCAAAUUUCGCCAAACUUUCUGUCCGAAGCUUUGCCAGCUCGCCAGCUACGAAGCCGAGGUCAAAAAGCCAGUAGUCUAGCCAUUCCGCAAUUAGAUGGCGGUGACGAUGUGCCGCUACCGAAAAAGCGCCCAAGACUGGAGAAGUUGAAAAAUUCGCAAGAUUCCGAUGAGGUGUUUGAACCCGCCAAGCCGGUGAAAAAGGCUCCUGUACUGCCCAAGUCAGUACAGAAUCUGCGAAAAGAUCGACGUGUGAUGUCCACAGAUGAUGAGGGCGGUUCCAGGCUCAAUCGGAAAACGGACGCCUCUGACAUGUGGGUGGAAGUGUGGUCAGAUGUGGAGGAGCAGUGGAUCUGUAUAGAUCUAUUCAAAGGCAAGCUACACUGCGUGGACACAAUAAGGAAAAAUGCAACGCCUGGAUUAGCCUACGUCUUUGCCUUUCAGGACGAUCAGAGUUUAAAGGAUGUGACCGCCAGGUACUGUGCCAGUUGGAGCACCACUGUGCGCAAGGCCCGUGUGGAAAAGGCGUGGCUAGAUGAAACUAUUGCUCCUUACCUCGGACACCGCACUAAGCGCGAUAUAACAGAGGAUGAUCAGCUUCGUCGCAUUCACUCCGAUAAACCCUUGCCAAAGUCCAUUUCCGAGUUCAAGGACCAUCCGCUGUACGUGCUGGAGCGGCACUUGCUUAAGUUCCAGGGUCUAUACCCACCAGAUGCGCCUACAUUGGGCUUUAUCCGAGGUGAAGCGGUGUACUCCAGAGAUUGUGUGCACCUCCUGCAUUCUCGGGAAAUCUGGCUAAAAAGCGCACGCGUAGUGAAGCUUGGCGAACAGCCGUACAAGGUAGUUAAGGCACGUCCAAAGUGGGAUAAGCUCACGCGCACUGUCAUCAAGGACCAGCCACUGGAAAUAUUCGGGUAUUGGCAGACUCAGGAAUACGAGCCCCCAACUGCAGAAAAUGGAAUUGUGCCGCGAAAUGCCUACGGCAAUGUUGAACUCUUUAAGGACUGCAUGCUGCCAAAGAAGACGGUGCACUUGAGAUUGCCCGGCUUGAUGCGCAUCUGUAAGAAGCUGAAUAUUGAUUGUGCCAAUGCAGUGGUAGGCUUCGAUUUCCAUCAGGGCGCUUGUCAUCCCAUGUACGAUGGCUUCAUUGUUUGCGAGGAAUUCCGCGAAGUGGUCACUGCUGCCUGGGAAGAGGAUCAACAGGUGCAAGUUCUCAAGGAGCAGGAGAAGUACGAAACCCGCGUGUAUGGAAACUGGAAGAAACUGAUCAAGGGUCUCCUCAUUCGCGAGCGACUCAAGAAAAAAUAUAACUUUUGAAUUCUUUGGCGUCUGAUUCAUGUUCGUAUUAUUGUUUCGUUUAAGGUCAUUUCGAUAUUUUUGUAUUUGAAACGUAAUUUGAUUCCAAUAAAUUGUACACUUUAGUUGUUUAUAAUUCGUUUAUUAA